UCGUCGACGACGAGGGCGACGAGGGCGACGAGGACGAGAGGUUGCCUGCCGUUGGCCUAAUCGUAUUCGGUCAAUAUUUAACGCGUUCGCGUUAGCGUUGGCGGUCGCGCGUGCUUUCCCUCUCUCCUAUUGCUGGAAUCGAAGCUUCGGUACGACGCUACCAGGCGGCAGCCGACCCGAAUCAGUCGGCACACCUUGGCAGCGCACCUGUGUCAAGCCGCGCCGCGCUCUCUCGCCACCUUCGCUCUCGAAUCGUAACCGCGUCUGCCUCGCGAGUCGACCGUCGACCGUCGACGCGACACGCAAAUCAGAUCAUCGUUCUUCGCUAUCGUUCACCAAACUCUCUAUCUCGGAAACGUUCUACAUGCCAAACGUUUCUCUUCGUUCUCCUACCACGAUCGAGAUGAAGGAGACGUUGACGAAGCAGGAGAUGAAGCGCGAGUGGGACGAGGAUCGCGUGGUCGACGAGGAUUCGCCACGGAUGGCCACGGUAGAGGAACGCACCGUCGAGAGUCCUCGGACGGUGAUCACCACGAGGAGGCACGUGCGCACCAUCACCACGGCUGGACAUAUAACGGAAACGGUGGCCGAUCACGAACCGGAUUCACCGGAAUCCAACGCUAUAUCGGCUGGUCUGCAGCUUCAUCAUCGUCACCAUCACCAUCAUCAUCAACGACUGGUCGACGAACAGGGCCAACAAUCUCGGUCGCGAACGUAUCAGGACGACCAGCAGCAGCAGCAGCAGUUGGAUCAAGGAUGCAAGCAAACGUCGCAACAUUUCGUGCAAAUCUCUCAGGCCGAGGCGGAGAUUCAGCAACAGCAGCAGCAGCAGCAGCAGCAGCAGCAGCAUCGUCCGAACGAGCAACGGGUAGUUUAUAUGAGCAACGGUCAAGAGGUGCGACUCGACGUAACGGAGACGGUGGAUCCAUCGGCGUUGACGACGGUAAAGGAAACGGUCAGGUACGAGACACCGGAACCCGAUAGAUCGGACGCGGACCGCGUGUACGUUUACACGACGGAUGGCGAACAACAGUUGCGAAGGGAGAACCACGGGACGUAUGCGGUUCAGGCUCAAGAGAGGCGGGUCCAGUCGACCGGUCAUCAGAGAUACAGUCCACGGGAGAGCAACCAAUCGAGCAACGGUGGAAACGGAUCGACCGGCGGCAGAUCGUAUCAUCAAGGUUCGCCGGUGCUGGUUCCGGCGAGCGAGGAAUACGAGAGCGGUGCUUCGAUAGCGUCUCACGCGGGGACAACGGGGGUGAGCGUGCAACUGGAUUCACCGGCCGCGUCUUCGUAUUCGCCGCCGAUCGGCGGUGACACUGCAAUACGAGCGGGUACCACGGGAGCGCAGCAGUCGUCGGGCCAGCCGCAUCAUCAUCAUCAUCAUCAUCAUCAUCAUCAUCAUCAGCAGCAUCAGCAUCAGCCGCAGCAACAGCAACAGCAACAGCAACAGCAUCAACUGAUCACGGGAUACGUGAACGCGGGUGGAGCGAGUAUAAAGUACGAGACGGAAGCGACGAACGAGAUAACGGCGGCGGCAGUGGCAGCGGCCGCGGCCGAAAACAUAAAGGUGUCGAGCACGUAUACCACGUUGGAAACGGUGCCGAUUCCUCCGUCGCAGACGGUUCAGUACGCGCAGUACAUAUCCGGCAGCGAGACGUUUCAGCAGCCUUCCACGUACACGUUCACGAAAUCCGGCGAUCCGGUGAUUCUCGCGUAUUCCUCGCCCGCUCAGUUGUCCUCGCGCGUCACCGGGGUCGAGUCUCCGGGAAGCACGUACAUGAAGGGCGACCCGACGUUGGCAUCCUCGUUGGCCGGUGGCCGAGGGAUACCGUCUCUGCACUACGAACAACCUGCGUCUCCUGGAUCUCAGGUGACGUUGUACGGGAGCGGGACCGGGUCCUAUCCUUACGUGAAAUCUGCCACCCCGGCCGAGUACUGGGCCAACACCGGAACCCCGUCCCCGCCUACGUUCGAUUGCGUUCAGGGUUACCAGAACAUGACGGCCAUCUCCGUCGGCGACGCGGCCAACAUACAGCUCUAUUCCGGCGGUGCUUACAGCGUGUCCACCGGAAGUACCACCGCGUCCUCCCCGUGGAACAAUCUGACCCCGCUCACCGGAUCGGAGGAGAGCUUCGACAGUCCGAUGAUGACCGCGGAACCGAAGGAGUGUUCCGGUUGCGCGACACCCACCACCAUUUGGCGCAAGGACGAGACCGGUCAUUACUACUGCAACGCUUGCCUCUACGGCAAGAUGAACGGAGUGAACAGGCCAACCAUGAGAUGCGGCAAACCGAAACAAACCGUGGCUACGACCGGUGUACGAAGGACGGGAGUUCAGUGCGCCAACUGCAGGACCAGCAACACCACCCUGUGGCGACGAAACAACAGCGGCGAGCCGGUCUGCAACGCUUGCGGGCUCUACUUCAAGCUGCACAACGUGAACAGGCCGCUGAGCAUGAAGAAAGACGGGAUACAGACGCGCAAGAGGAAGCCAAAGAAUCAUUCGGGAAUGAGCGGGGGAAAUUUGGCCGGGCCCAGCGGCAUGCACAAGACCGAGAUUAAGUCUAACUUGCUCGUGGACUCGUUGCAGUUGAACGUGUACGGGAGCGGUGGUAGUGGAAACGGGGGCGGGAUGGGUGUCGACGCUGAGAUCGGACAGGAGGCAGAGGGUGAGGCUGCGACCGGUACCGGUACUGGUACAGGAACGAGUACCGGAGCCGGAAACCACCACCACCACCACCACCACCAUCGGGCCGAGAACGAGACCGGAAGCGAUAACGCGUUGGGAGGGAACGGAGAAUCCGACGAGCGUCGUCCACCCGUGGGUACACCGACUACGGGACAGUCGGGGCAUGCGCACUCGCCCCUCGCUUUACCCACCGCCGCCGCGCUCAAUCGACAGACUACCCUUACCGUACCACCGCUAGAGCCAAUCGCUAGUCAAGCCGCUGGUGCCGAUCUCUUCUCGGUUAUAACUUCGACUACGGCUGUCCACGCCGAAAGAACGUAACGGAGACAAAGGAACAAACGCGUGCGAGACGAAGAAAAAAGGAAGAAGAAGAGGAAGAAGGUGGAGGAAAAGGAGAAGGAGAAGGAGAAGAAGAAGAAGAAGAAGAAGAAGAAAAAGAAUAACGCGAUAACCGAGAUAAUCGAGCGCGCUGGUAUCAAAGUUAGCGCCAGUGCGACGCGAGCGCCGCUAUCGCUGGAGCGGUAACUCGCCAACUUUGCGUCGAACCGACCGCCUUCUUUACCGACCAAAGGUUUUUCUACCACUAGUUUCGAAUACGAGGAACCGUCGGUUUAGUCGUCGUUAUCUCGAAUCCUCCGGUCGAGGAAAGCGAUAUCGACUCGUUUCGCUACUCUAUUCCCUCGUUUUGUCCUUUUCUCUAUCCGCGAUUCGUUUUCGUCUAUUGGUAAAUGAACGAGUCGCAACGAUUCGUAUCGUUCAACUCGAGACCGCGACUCUACGCGAACGAGCGAUUUUAUCGCGGUUGAUUCGAUUUUACCGAUCGCGUUCGAUCGUAUCGACGGAUAAGUCGCAGGCGAGUCGUACGAUUUCGCCCCCUCUACGACGAAACGAGAAACACGCGCAUCGAACGCCCGACACACCGUUUAUCGGUCUCUUUUUCUCGCUUCUCGCGCGAAACGCGCGUUCGACCCCCUAGUUGCCCCGCGUGCCCAUGUUUCCUCUGCGUCGCGCGUUUAAAUUUAAAGGUAAAAUAUCGCGCGCGCCGUCCAUCCGACGCGAAACUCGAUUUCUUUGCUCCCGUAUACCGACGCGGUUAUUCCACGCGUCGACUAUACGCGCGAGGUCGAUACACGGUACCGUAUACGCCAGCGCAUGACGCGAUCGCGCGUACUCGCGAAGGAAACGAGUACGCGUAGGUGUGCGUAGCAAAGUCAAUUCCCGCAAAGGAUAACGCGCGCGAGCUCACGCGGACGUUAGACGUUAGACGCAAGCGAAAAACGUCAAAGAAUCGAACGUACGUACAAGGGUGGGAGGAAGAAAGAGAGAAGAGUGAGAGAGAGAGAGAGAGAGAGAGAGAGAGAGGAAAAAGAGAGAGAAAGUAUUUAUUCGCUGGCACGCUGGCCAUAUGUAUCUAGGAGCGCGCGAGCCGACAGCUCGUUCGGUCGCGUAACACGUAUAGGAGAUGUAAUUUCGUCGAUUCGAUGCGUCGCGUCGUUGUACGAACCUUGCGGAACCGACUACUCGUUUUGUAAAGGUCUGUGUAAAAAAUUUGAAUAAAAGAAGUU